UCUCGCGCAAUCACACCAUUCAGGUAGGGCCAAGGGAAGUCGAACGUUUCGGAAAAGACACAACUAUCACGCAUUUGCGUAGAGCGACGACUCCUGUGACAUUCUUAGCAAUAGCGCCAGGAUGCCCGAGUACGAUCUACAGUACUAUCCUUACAUCCAGACUUCUAUGGACAAUGCUUCGAGGCCACCGACAACGCAGCAAUCGAACCGGCCGCCGCUCCCAACCCUCCGAUCUACACAUGUGCAAGCCCAAGAAGCAAGGGAAGAAGUGGCUAGAUUCGAUGCAGUCCUACAAGAGAUUCUGAGGCAGAAAGAGAUAGCAGGGGAGCAUGCAGCCAGACAGGCUAUUACCAGGAUACAACACAAGGAAGCAGCAAAGAAAGCGGACCCAGCAAAGAAAGUAGAGGCAGCAAAGGCAGAAACUGAUCAAGCUUCAGUAACACGAAGCCGAAGCUAUGCACGAGCCCCGCUCUGUAGUCACCAAGUUCGGUGGAUUUCAGUUCCAGGUCGCUCUCGCUGCGAGUACCAUUCGUAUUCUAAAAAUGCCUACAUAAACCCUUUUCGCUUCAGAUGUCCUGAAUACAAAACUGUCGCCUGCGGCCUCUGUAUGAAAAAACUCAAGCGGGGAGACACGCUAUAAGGUAGCUGCGUUAAGUACAAGUAAAUCGCGAAUGGACGAUAACGUUAUGCCAUGCAUGGCAGCGCUCACGUGUACAGAUUACAAGGUGCAGGACCGGACCUUGGAGCAGGUGGUAUUACAACUGCGGGAGCUUUAGACCAUGAACAACGUUCUCUAUUGAUAUCAUCUUGAAAUCGCUUCUGCUUGCCGUUCAAA